UUCGAAACUGGGAUCCUCGCCAGUCACGAUCGUCCAGCAAAUGCUAACCACGUCCUCCGUUUGCUGUCACAUUUGACAUGCUAUUCGCGGCGCGUCUACAGCAUUCACUCGACGUGUCACGCCUUCAUGGGAAUGACAAACUCCACAGCGGCUUCAUGCGCGAGCAGCUGUCGGCUGGAUUUUGUCCUGAUCCUGUUGAUUCAAACGCUGUCUGCCACGUCGCACGCUGUCGCACCCAUUGGGAAUGUGUGCACUGAGCUUUCGCCGUGGUCUGGUUUUGCCCCCUCUGGCCUGUGGAAUCCUACAUUACAACAGAGAGUGGCUAGGCUUGCUAGGUAUCUUGCCAGACUUGGUCUAGCAUGUUUAUGUGUCAUGCAGGAGGUAGCACCGCUUCUGCAGGUACAGACUACAGGCACAUCCUCCGCCAGCAGGAAUCGUGCAAUUCGCUCGCUGGGUUAGGAGCUAAGGCGCCCGUACUUCGUCCAGGCGGUCACCUUGGGUUGGAUUAACUGACUAUGGCAGGACAUAUGCCGCAAUGUCUUCUGCUCAGCCGUCACUUGCGCCGUCGCAUGAGUGCACCGUGUCUCCAGUAUAAACAUGCUUUACAAGAACAGCAUUAGGGCGUU